AGCUGCCAUGAGCCAGCGGAACCGGGUGUCGUACGUGCGGCCCGCCGAGCCCGCGUUCCUGUCUCGCUUCAAGGAGCAAGUCGGCUACCGGGAAGGGCCCACCGUGGAGACCAAGAGAAUCCAGCCUCAGCUCCCAGAUGAAGAGGGUGAUCACAGUGACAAAGAAGAUGAACAGCCCCAAGUGGUGGUUUUAAAAAAGGGAGAUCUGACAGCUGAAGAAGUCAUGAAAAUUAAAGCAGAAAUAAAGGCUGCCAAAGCAGAUGAAGAACCAGCCCCAAGUGAUGGAAGAAUCAUGUAUCGAAAACCAGUCAAGCGGACCUCAGAUGAAAAAUACUCAGGUUUAACAGCAAGUUCAAAAAAGAAGAAGACAAAUGAAGAGGAAGUAAAUAAGCAGGAUUCACUUAAAAAAAGCUCACAAAAGCAAAUAAAAAAUAGCAGCCUCCUUUCCUUUGGCAAUGACGAUGAAAAUGAGUGAGCAUAAGCAUUUUAGUUUAGUCACCUUUGAAAGUAUAUGAAGUACUUUUUAAAAUAAUAUUUUCCCUGUGUUUUUUAAAUAACAUUUUUCCCAGUUAUAAAGUUUAUUAUAGAAAAUAUAGCAAAAAUAUAAAAUGAAAACUGUCUACCAUUGUUACCACUCUAACUAGAGAUACCAACUAUAGUGUAUAGAUGUUAACUACAAUUAAUGUUUAGUUUUUGUUUUGUAGUACUGGGGAUUGAACCCAGGGACUCUGGACUGGGCUAUACCCCCAGCUUUUUUAACUUUUUAAAUUUUGAGACAGGGUCUUACUGUAUCACUAAGUUGCCCAUGCUGGGCUCAAACUUGUGAUCCUCCUGCCUCAGCCGUCCAGAGUCCUGGAAUUACAAGCAGACAUCACCACAACUGGCUGCAGUUAGCUUUUUUUCCCCUUGUGUGGGUGUAUAUAUAUAAAUUAUAUUUUUAAAAUUAAACCAAGAAAGCCAGGUGUGGUA